AUGGUCGCCAAGGCUGAGGUAGAAACGAAGAAGGAAGAGAUGGAGAAGGUGGUGGUUGAAGAUGGGUCUGAUGACUCUGAUGAUGACGCUCCAGGUCUUGAUGGUGAAUUGACCGAAGAGCAAAAGAAAGUCGCCGAAGCCGCUGGACUUGGCGAUCAGAUGGACAAACAAGUAAAGCAGAGCCGCUCUGAAAAAAAGGCUCGCAAAUUGUUCUCAAAACUUGGCCUGAAACCGGUGACUGGUGUUUCUCGUGUCUGUAUUCGUAAGUCGAAGAACAUUCUUUUCGUUAUCAACAAGCCCGACGUGUACAAAAGUCCCGGCUCCGACACAUACAUUGUGUUCGGUGAAGCGAAGAUUGAGGAUCUAUCGCAGCAUCAACAACUGACUGCGAUUGAUAGAAUCAAGCCUAGCGAAGACACCCCAGCUCCAUUGGCUACUGUGCAAGAAGACGAGGAUGAUGGCACUGAGGAGGACGCUACGGGUAUCGAGGAGAAAGACAUUGAGCUGGUGAUGUCUCAGGCCAACACUUCCCGUAAUAAAGCGAUAAGAGCACUACGGUCCGCCGACAACGAUAUCGUAAAUGCCAUCAUGAGCCUGACCAUGUAG